AUGUAUCCAAAACAAAUGACACAAAUCUUUGUUGAUAAUCAAAUAAUGUUAAAAACACAACAAUCUGUAUCAAUGUCGGCAUUUGCUGUUGAAAAUUUAUUAUCACGAAUAUCACCAAAUUUAUCAGUGACAACAAAACAUCAUCAAGUCAAUAACAAUAAUAAUACAAGUGAUGAUGAACAAGAAUUAUCAGAGAAUAAUCGUGAUGCAACACCAGAUGAUUUAUCACCAAUUGAUGACGAAAAUCAACGAUUAUCACCAGCAUCAUCGAUACGUUAUCAAGAUGAUGUAUCAUCACCAACAAACAUUCAAUCAUCACCAACAAAUACAAUUACCACAACACAACAGCAUAUAAUCGGUUUAAAACAACGAUUAUUAGAGACACGGGCAAUUAAUAAUAGUAAUAAUAGUUCGUUAGUUUGUUCAAAUUGUGGUUCAUUGGAGUGUAAUGGGUUUUUUAAAGAUUGUUUAAAACAUUUAAAUAAUAAUCGACAAUCUAUAAUCAAUGAUCAUGAUCAAUAUAAUAGUAAUAAUGAGAGUGGUAAUCAUGAUAAAGUUUUAUUACAAAGAGAUUCAACAACACCAAUUGUUAAUAAUAAUAAACCGAUAUUAAAAUUUAGUGUAAGUGCGAUCUUAGGAUCAGAUCAUCCAACUAAAAAUAUUGGAAGUGAAUUAUGUAAUGGCGGAGUGGUAACAGGGUCAUCACAAUUUUUAAAUAUUGCUGGCGGUUAUAUGAAUGCAGUAGCAGCCGGGAAUCAUAUAGCAAAACCGGUACCAAGUCGACCUGCCCAUCAACCAUCAUUUCAUGCUCAUUUGCAUUCACUUAUGGCACAAUGUCGUCCAUCGCCUUAUUUUUCAGCUGGUCAUGCUGCUUCACAACAUCAUCAACAAGCCGCAGCUGCAGGUGCAGCUUUAAUGCAUGCAGCACAUCAAGCGGCUGCAGCAGCUGCAGUUGCUGGGGCUGGUAAUGUUGGCGGACAACCAUUAGCGGCUGUAUUUCCAUGGGCACAUGGUCCACGUGGAAAACCAAGACGUGGUAUGAUGCGGCGAGCAGUAUUUAGUGAUUUACAGCGGAAAGGCUUAGAACGACGAUUUCAAUUACAAAAAUAUAUUAGUAAACCAGAUCGAAAAAAAUUAGCUGAUAAACUUGGAUUGAAGGAUAGUCAGGUAAAAAUAUGGUUUCAAAAUAGAAGAAUGAAAUGGCGGAAUUCAAAAGAACGUGAAUUAUUAGCAAGUGGUGGAUCAAGAGAACAAACAUUACCAAAUAAAAAUAAUCCUCAUCCAGAUUUAAGUGAUGCUGAUUGUGAUAAACCAAAAAUUGAUUUAUCUGAGGUGUCACCCAAUUCAUCACCUGUACGAUGUUCAUCAGAUAUGCCACGUCCUACAAUGGACCAAAAUUAUGAACCAGUAUGUUUAGCAUCAAAAAUGCAACAAAACAAUAGUUAUGGUGGGGAUAGUGAUGAAUAUGAUGACAGUGAUAACGGAUCUGAUAUUGAGAUAAAUGUAACUUGA